AUUAGUCUUAUCAUGUUCAAUGUGAAAGAGGCCUAAGGAGAGUAUAUAUUACUGUCGGCUUCACCCGAGCAAAGACCCUUUAUCCCCAUUCCACAUAGCUUCCCUUUGAAUUUCUCUUAUUCUUAUUUUUCACCACGGAAAAUUUUGUUAAACUGUUUACAAGAGUUGCUGAUCCGGAAUUUGUAGCGGAUUUCGUAAUUUUUUUAAGCUGAUAAUUGAAGAACAACCCCAUUGAUGUGAGAGAAGCUCGUGUGGCUGUGAUUUGGUGGAUAAAAAGCGUGGAAUCUUUUAGGGUUUAGGUGGUUAACGAAGGGGCUUAAUUUGGAUAAGGUCCAUUGAUAUCUGUGAACUAGAUCAAUCACUAAGCACUGUUUAUUGAGCGAGUUCUCUUAUGGCAUACCUUACUGUUAAUCACUUUGCUGGAGGGCGUCCACCAGGACAACCAAAUGGCGCACUGUACAAAGAACUUUGGCAUGCUUGUGCUGGGCCCCUAGUCACUGUUCCACGUGAGGGCGAACGAGUUUAUUACUUUCCGCAAGGUCACAUGGAACAGCUUGAAGCAUCAACACAUCAGGGGCUAGAUCAACAACUCCCUUCAUUUAACCUACCUAGUAAGAUCCUUUGCAAAGUGAUGCAUGUUCAGCUUCGGGCUGAACCAGACACGGAUGAGGUGUAUGCGCAGAUUACAUUGAUUCCUGAACAAGACGCCGGUUCUGUUGUUCCCUCUUCCCCGAAUAGGCCUCAACGAGUAGCUUCUUGUUUUUGUAGAAUGUGUAGCUUGCAAUUAUGCAAUUCAGUUGUUUCUGUCUUUCUGAAUAGAGUUCCUUCGUUGAUACUUAGUUAUGGAUUGAGAUUCGAAUUGGACAUUUCUGUACAAAGUGAGAUCACAAGUCCAGAUCCGCCUCUACCAGAGCCUGAAAGGUGUACUGUUUACUCAUUUUGCAAGACUCUCACAGCUUCUGAUACCAGCACCCAUGGUGGAUUCUCAGUUUUGCGAAGGCAUGCUGAUGAUUGUUUACCCCAAUUAGAUAUGUCUCAGCAACCACCAUGGCAAGAAUUGGUAGCUUCUGAUCUUCAUGGAAAUGAGUGGCAUUUCCGGCACAUUUUCCGAGGUCAGCCAAGGCGCCACUUACUGACAACUGGAUGGAGUGUAUUUGUCAGUGCAAAGAAGUUAGUCGCAGGAGAUGCUUUCAUCUUCUUAAGAGGUGAAAACGGAGAACUUCGAGUUGGUGUGCGAAGGCUGAUGAGACAACUAUAUAAUAUUCCAUCUUCUGUUAUAUCAAGUCACAGUAUGCAUCUGGGAGUUCUUGCCACUGCAUCACAUGCCAUAUCCACUCGAACAUUAUUUUCAGUGUUCUAUAAACCAAGGACUAGUCGGUCUGAAUUCAUAGUGAGUCUUAACAAGUAUCUUGAAGCUCAAAGUCACAAGCUCUCAGUUGGGUUGAGGUUUAAGAUGAGGUUUGAAGGUGAAGAGGUUCCCGAACGAAGAUUUAGUGGCACCAUUGUUGGAGUCGGGGAUAAUGCUUCAUCUGGAUGGCCUGAUUCAGAAUGGAGAUCUUUGAAGGUCCAAUGGGAUGAACCAUCCUUGAUAAUACGUCCUGAUCGGGUUUCACCUUGGGAAAUAGAGCCACUGGUUACAGCAACCCCUCCAAACUUACAGACUCAACAGAGAAACAAGAGAGCACGGCCAAUUGUUUUGCCUUCUCCAAUGCAAGAUCUAUCUCCGCUUGGCAUGUGGAGGUCACCCGCUGACUCCCCUUCGUCGUUUUCGUUUCGUGACCCUUCACAUGGUCGAGAUCUACAUCAGUCGCCUAGACGUAGUUCGGGCACCAGAGUCAAUCCAUUGAGUUACAACGAUAACUCAUUGCCUGUUUCAAGCAAUUCUAUGUACCAGCCUAAUCAAAUCGAAACUGCUUCAGAGUCAUUUGCACCCAUGACUGAGAAAAGGCAGGCGAAUGGGUGCAGACUAUUUGGGAUUGAGUUGCUUGACCACUCAAUAGUUGAGGACACGUCACCACCAGUCCAGCCUGGAGCAGUUGAUGAGGAUUCCCGUAUCCCUUUAGAUGCUGAAUGUGAACAACAGUCUGAGCCGUCAAACCAUAUCCUGUCUGAUGUUCCCUCAGCUAGUUGUGAACCUGAGAAGUCAUGCCUGAGAUCUUCCCAUGAGCCGCAUGGCAGGCAAAGCAGGAGCUGCACGAAGGUGCACAUGCAAGGUAUUGCUGUUGGAAGAGCAGUAGAUCUGACCAGGUUUGAUUGCUACGAGGAUCUACUUAAGAAAUUCGAGGAGAUGUUUGAAAUUUUUGGGGAACUUAGGGGCUCAACAAAGAAAUGGCAGGUUGUUUAUACAGAUUUUGAAGAUGACAUGAUGAUGGUUGGAGAUGAUCCAUGGCAUGAAUUUUGCACCAUGGUGAAGAAGAUAUAUAUCUACACUACUGAGGAAGCCAAGAGGCUUGCGCCCAAGAUAAAAUUCCCUCUGCCCGACGUUAAAUCCUCCAAGCUCAGUUCAGAUGCUGCUGCUGCUGUCACUGAGGAACAAUCUUCAACAGUUGGUUCUGAUUACUGAUUUUGUCAUGCUUGUCAAGUAAGCUGUUUGUGAAAAGGAAUAAAAAAAAUUAUGAGAAGAAUUGGCAAGUGACCUGCAACUGGCUUUUUCCCUCUCCUGUUUAUGUCGUUUAUAUCAUUUGUUGAAUAAUAAUGUGGUGCCAUAAUAGUAAGGUUUCAGAUAUUGUAUUAUUUUGUUUGUAUUUGUCAGGAGAAUCUUAUAAUUAUGCUUUGUUUGGAUUGAGUUGAAGUGCUCUCUGACUCUAUCCCCCUCUCCCUUUUUCGUUCCUUCUCUUAGAACCGGCUAGUUGUUGAUAGGUUUAUGCGGCUUUUUGUUUUCUUCUAAACGUUUCAUAUUUUGUGUUUUGAUUUUGCACAUAGGUUUUCUAUUCAUAGGGAUCAUUUUGUUUUUGGUUCUACUCUGCCAACUUCGUUGAAGGUGUGUUUUAUGCAAUGUUAUUUAUUUGUUUUUGAAUGUUUUCGUUUUACGACAAAAAAUCCCAGUGUAAAAAAUGAGAAGCUACACUAAAAUGAUGACUGGAAAGGAGAUAAGAGCAUUUGCUGAUUACGCCACGGUUUGUGCAAAUUUGAUUGCCAGAGUUGUGCAAAAUUGAUUGUCUAUAUUUUUGCGCCACAUGAUAUAUAUCUACAGUAUUGAGCCACAUUUGUGCUCAAUGAUUUA